GCAAAAUCUAUAUGAGUUACGCCUACCGAUGAGAUUAGGGAGAUCGUUCCUUACAUCGCUAACAUCAUGUUCGUCUGCAGCAUGAUGUCUCUAAUCUGCCUCGCCAUCACGCUCUUCAUAUUCUGCUACUUCAAGUCGCUACAGUGCAGCCGCAUCUCCAUACACAAGAAUCUCGCCGUCGCCUUUCUCAUCCGCUUUGUCUUCCAGCUAGUUUUCAUCGAGCCGUAUUUCUCACAGCGACCAAAAUCUUACAGAGACAUAGACUGGUUGUGUAAGACGCUGACUACGCUCAACCUAUUCUCUAUGAUGGCCAGCAUCUUCUGGAUGUUCGUAGAAGGUCUGUUUCUCCACAACAGGAUCGCUGUGUCCGUGUUCGAUACGGAAGCUCCCUUUCUACUCUUCUACUUCAUAGGAUGGGGUUUGCCGUCCGUGUUCACGGUAACCUGGGCGCUCGUCAGAGAGCUGGCCUACACUAACGAGGUGGAAGUAGACCUGAAGCGCUAUAUCAACGAUGAAGAAUGCUGGGGAGGAGACUUCGAGGGUAGAGCAUCCACGUGGAUCCUCGUCGCUCCGGCCAUGUUAGUGCUCGUGGUGAAUCUCAUCUUCCUCGUCAACAUCAUCCGCAUCCUCGUGACGAAGCUGCGAGCGAACAACGCGCGCGAGUCGGAGGCGGCGCAGUGGCGCAAGGCGAUCAAGGCUACGGCGAUCCUGCUGCCGCUACUCGGCAUCACGAACCUGCUCUUCUUCUACAAUCCGAAGGACAAGGGUCCCAUGGAGAAGGCGUAUCUCUUCAUCAACGCCUUGCUGCAAAACUCGCAGGGAAUCUUCGUCGCUGUACUCUACUGCUUUCUGAACGCAGAGGUCCGCCAGUGCAUACGGCGGCGCUACGAGCGCAUCAUGCUGCGUCGCAGCACCGGUGGCGCCAUCGCUAACAUGCGCAGUAGAGGCUCGCGCACGUCGACGAUGUUUCUGUCGCAGUCGGACGUCGCGCUCGCCAUCACGUUCCGCAACAAGUUCAUGUCGCGCAAGAGCCGCAACGGCGGCGAGUGCGACAAAACCCCGCCGGACCCCGUGCCUCCGUCGCCGCCCACCUCUAACGGGCUCGGCCGCGAUGACGUCAUCACGCCGACGCGUCCAAACACGUACAUGCUCGACAUCGACGCCGACGUCGAGAACAACGACUACUACUCGCCGAUCGCCGACGAGCGUCUAUAGCAACCGCGGGAAAAUGGCGAGAGCGUGACGUCACGACGAAGGCGGCCAUUUCUCCAAUACGGCUGCGUCCGAACUAGAUAGAGUAGGUACGUCCGAAAGAUGAGAGUCAGUGCGUCAUCUAAGAGCAGCUACGCGUAAAAUCUUUGUACGUACGCUGGCGUGAACAUACAUAGCAAUGCUAUUGUAGACGUUGGGGAGGGGAGCAAGUGUGAGGAAGAGGUUACAUACUGCGGUACUAUAUGCUAUACCCUGCAUGGGUGGCGGUAGAAACAUGAAAUGCGUUAGCGACCGCAUUAGGAUUCAAGCGGUGUCCAAGGUGAUGAUACCCUACGUCGCAUUUACGUGUCACGUCACGUCACGGCUGCCGCCGACGCCGACGACGGCGUCGAUUUAGCCGACGCACGAAGAAGCGGAUGAUAUCGGAAUACAUGGUUACGAUAUUAGAAAUCACCGUGUUUCGCCUGCCGCCGCCGCCGCGACGUCGAUAUGCAGUUAAAGACACGAGUGAGACGAGUAAUGGUCGCAGAAGUGCAUUAUGAAUUCAUCGUGUCGCGUCUAGACUGUGCGAAACACGUCACGCGCGGUGCGAAUAUCUCCGCAUGUGUCUACGUGUUAACAUAAUUAAAUACUACUCUGUAUAUAUUCUAUUAUCGCGUGAAUUCUUUUUAUAAGAAACAUGAUUGUGAGCAUUAUUA